AUGUCUGUAGUCACCGACGAAAUAAGAGCAACCGCCACCGAGCUCUACCAUGGCGACAAAGUCUGCCAAGAUAAAACAAAGCUUUUACUAACCGAAGUCGGACUACCCAACGGCCUUCUGCCAUUGGAAGACAUUGAAGAAUGUGGGUACGUUAAAGACACAGGCUUCGUGUGGCUGAAACAGAAAAAGAAAAAAGAGCACAAAUUCGAAAAAGUCAACCGGCUGGCGAGCUACGCCAAUGAGGUCACGGCGUUCGUCGAGAAAUCAAAGAUCAAGAAGCUCACCGGAGUGAAGACUAAAGAGUUGAUGAUGUGGGUUAAUCUGAGUGAGAUCUUUGUUGAUGAUCCACCCACCGGAAAAAUCACGUUCAAAGCUCCGUCAGGGUUGUACCGGACUUUUCCUGUGUCGGCAUUUCAAAUCGAGGAGGACCAGAAACUUGAAGUGAAGGAGUCACGGACGUCAACAUAUGGAGAAGAAAGCCGCAAACCACUGUCACCGCAUCCACCGGCGCCGCCCGAUCUGGAUUUAUAUCUCACCAGACGCGGCGACAUCUGCUCCUCGAUCCCGACCGUAAACGGGAAUGAAAAAAGGGGAGGCCGGCGACAGAUGCACCACCGGAGAAGCCAGCGCCAUAGCCGGAGUCUAACGGAAAAAAGGUAUAGAUGGAGGUCGACUGCAAUAGACGGUCCGUCUGAUGCCCCUCCUGUUGCAGACAACUUUCUGAAGGACUUCAAAAAAAGGCUUCAACUGGAUACAAAGAAGAUUGUGGAUGCACGUGUUCUUGCAUCUACUGCCAGACAUGGUAGUGAAGUAAAGGAUACGAGGUUGGUGGGAUGCCUCACAGCAACAAAAAGGCUGCACUCUCUGAUCUGGGACAAUAAUCAUUUCAUCAUAUUUUGGUGUUGCAGAGGUGAAAAAUUAUUGAUUUACCCUUUUCACAUCUGGAUAAGGACAACGGGCACGGAAAAAAGAGACUGCACUGGCCGGCACACCAAUGAGAGGGCUACCAGAAAAUGCUUACCAUUAGCCAAGGAAUUCUGCCAAACUUGCUGGAAGUGUUUUAAAUAUCCUUUUCUUUCUCAUUUAAAUAAGGUUGAUGAAAUUGAAUUCUUUAAUUCAAGGUUGUGGGUGUGGGUGAUAGAAGAACAAGUUUAUGGAGGUCAAAACCGGUAUGGCAAGCGAUUGCAGCCGAUAGAAACCCUUCAGCUGCAAGGUUUAUGUCAAAUCAACCAGGUUGCAGCAAGAAGAUUAAACUCACAAAAGAAGAAGAAGAGCUUGGAGGUUGUUAAAUCAGUUGGUGUAUCAGGGAAGGUUAACCCCAAUAAAACAGUCAAAUACUUCAGGCUAGAGUUUCAAGACGCUCCCCAAGAAGAAACAGAUGAAAUUCUUUAUUUCAGAGCCCUUUUGAGUGGAUUUGUUACUCUCAUAUCUGUAUCUCAUAUGAUUGAGGCAGAUAUUGAAAGGGCUGCAUCACUUCAAACCGAUAACUGAGGUGGAGUGGAGUAAUUAAUUAUUAAUGUUUCUUUUGAACAAAAUAAUAGAUGGUUUCUUAUAUGUGGAUCGAUUGGAUGUGUAUAGAAAGGAAAACAAUAGUGGUUUGAUACGAUCAUCUUUUGCUAAUCUACUCCUUACUAUGUAACUGAUAUCAACGUCCCU